AUGGUGCAGACAAACAAGCCACAGUGUAACAAAGCCAGACUCAAGAGUUUGCAUCCUCUGCCUUUGACCUUCACUCCCAUUUACCCACAGCGCCAGCUUCCCCUCCCCUACUGUUUGGUGUGGGACUCCAAGGCCACACCUUUUCCUAUCAGGGAAUUUCAGGAACUGGAGAUGACUGAGACCCUGCAGCCAUCUCCUCCUACCUCAGCCUGGACCUUCCUCUUUUGCCUCCGGAAGGGGUGUACCUGUUUCUCUCGACGCCUCCUCCCACUGCGCCUGAAGUCCCAGGUCCCAGUGGAGCCUCAGAGCCACUGUGCCCACCAAGAUCCUGGGUGGAUAUGA